CACGGCCCUCCCCUCUCCGCAGCAAAAGAGGACAUGGAAGACGCCGAUGCGGGCGACGCGAUGGACGACGACACUCCCGCGCCAUCCGAGCUUCUCGCAGACGAGCUCAUCGCUGCCUGCAUCGGCCAUCUGACGCUGCACAGCCUUCCGUGCGUCGCACGCGUGAACCGACGCUGGCGCGCCGCUGCGUUGGUCGCCUUUGAUUCCCAGCUCCGUUGGCGCGCCGACCCGCGCUGUUUCCCGCUGCGACUCCCCAUCCCGGCCGCACCUGCUCGGGCCGAGAGCCACGUCGCUCGCGCCGGCGCCUGCAUCGCCUUUCUUCGCGACGGAGACCUCGUCGUGCAGCUGGUCGAUCCGGCAGCGGACGCAGUGCGCACGCUGCGCUUCGCCGAGCGGCGCCCUGUCGACGGCGAAGGCCCGCCCGAGCCGGUCGAGGCUUGCAGGUGCGAGCUGGGGGAAGACGGCCCGUUCAACGCCGGGGUGGGGGGGAUGGUCGGGUACCGGCGCGGGGCGGAGGAGGAGGGGAUGGCCUUCCUCCCGACGACGAGCCGGCACGGCGCCGCUGCUGCCUCCACAAAGCGGGUCGCCGUCGGGAGCUGGCAGAAUGUGCUGCACUGCGGCCGCUGCGUCUUCCUGCUGCGGGCGCACCGGAGCUGGUGGGAGGACGAGGCGAUCACGGCCGACGUCCUCGACUUGCGAGAGCGCGGAGCUCGGGCCAUCUCGGGCCAUCUCGGGUGAUCUCGACACCAUCUCGGGCUGUAGGUUCUCG